CUUGAGUUGUCCAUACUUAUGGAGUGAGGUUUGGCGCCGAGACCUCGAUCAUCAUCCCGCACUACGACGAUCUCGGUUCUACCUACCAUGAACCCUCCGCAACAGCCAGGGCCGCUCCUGCCCAACACGGCGCUCUUCCGAGCGACACUCCCGCGACCACUCACGUGGCAACGACCCGCAGACUUGAACAACCGAAUUCCUCUCAUGCAGUCCAUCGAAGGACUACUCGCUACAACGACGUCUCCCCUACCUACCGUCGGGACAGCUCUUGCUGGGCUCGCGCGUAAGCUGGAAACGUACCUAUACAUCGAAUCGGCAUCGUAUGCCGAAUACGCCAACCUUCAAAGCCUCCCUCGGCGUGUCCAAGCGCUGACCGCGGCCAUUGUGAACCGCAACAUUCGCAAGCGCGCCAGACCCGCCGAUUUUGCAUCGUCUGGAAUGACCUCUACCAGCGCUCCUCCAUCACACUUCCAUGCACCGCUAUCGCAUGCCACUCCAUCGAGCCACACGUCGACGUCCCUAGCUACGCUUUUCUCCUUUGCAGGCGGCGAUAUCUGGCACACCCUUGUGUGGGAGUACGUAGGGGGCCUGGACACCCUUCGCUGCCGCGGCGUCCACCGAAACGCCGCGCGACUCGCUCCCACCUACGUCAAGUCGCUCCACUUGAGCUGCAACACCGCACGCGCACUUCUUUCCUUCGGCCACGCCGCCCUGUCGCAUUGCAUCCACCUUGAGGAGCUUGAAAUCUACUCCCUCGCCGCAGGCAUCACAUUUGGCCGUCGCUCCAUGUUUGCACGGCACUGCUCGCAGCGCUUCGUGGUCACUCACGACGACCACGAACAGAUCGUGUCGUUGCUGGCCCGCCAACUUCUCCGGCGGUGCUGGCCGGUCCUACGUCGACUGUCGAUUGUGUGUCUCUUCACAAAUGAUCAAGCGAACGGGGAGGCCGACGUGCUGCUGCACUGCCUCAAGCAGGGUGUGUGUCCAGCGCUGACGGAGCUGUCGCUGCCUGGCAACAGUUUCGGCGACUACGGCGCCAUCCGCGUCGCAGAGUUGCUGCAAACGAUGGGGUGUCCGCAGCUGUCGUUGCUGGACCUGCGCCGCAACUUUAUCGGCGAGCGGGGCAUGCAAGCCCUCGCGAGGAGUCUCACUCAAGGGUCGUGCGUGGCGCUAAGCGAACUGUGCCUCGGGGGAAAUAUGCUCACGGAUUCGAGCCUUGCCCACUUGCUCGUGUCCAUGGAGAGCCGCCAGGUGCCGCAGCUAACAUUCCUCGGCCUCGAAAUGAACUACCUCACGGCCCAGGGCAUCCAACAACUGGGCACGAGCGUCGGGAAGCUGGGCUGCCCCCGGCUCACUCAAAUUUCGUUUGGCGAAAACAGCGUCGACGACGACGAUGCCAAGAAGAUCUUGAACCAAGCGAUUCUCAUUCAGCGGGUCAAGCAAAAGCGCGCCGCUGCUGCCCAUGACGUUGUACAGCGUCGGCUUGUCAUUUAAUGCUGAUUGCGUCCACUUGUCAAGGCUUUCUUCCUGGUAAUUCGAAGUCCCGGUGGCUAUCACUGUUUCAUACUAACAUUACUCUGGAUUAAGUAGUAGCAUACAGUAAGAUGGCUCCAUUCAGAUUUUGAUGUAAGCCAGGAAAGGUCAAUCCCAGCUCAACCACCAAAAGGGCACUUCAACUGGACAAUCACUCACGAGAAAUUUCUACGAUAAUGGUAACGAAAACACCUGUUUGCGAA